GUGUGGGCUUAUGAAAAAAUUCCUAAAUUUGGGGAACACUUUGGCACCCGUGUUGGUAAUCAUGAAGUCCCAAUACUAAAUUGGUCAUGUCAUGGGAAAUUCCGGUCAUCUAAGAUACGAGAAAUUGUCUUUGUUGAUGAGUUGCGUACACCCCCUUCUUCCGAUGCUGAAGAUGAAGACAAUAUUGAAGUUGAAACAAGGGAAAGAGUUCAAGCAAUGUGUUCGGACAUUGAUGAGAUCAAAAGCAGUCUUCAAAGGCUGGACAAAAAAGUGGAAGAGGAGCUUGGUGAACUGAAACACUUGCUGGUUCAGGUUAUUGAUACAGUCAACAAGGCUUUAAAGGAAAAG